UGUUUGAUGUUGCCUUUCCUAGCUUGGUCUCUCUCAUGUACAGUUUCAACAUGCAUUUGGGGUGGGCCCCACCAGUUCCCCGUUCACCUCUCCAGAAGUACAGCUGACCUUCAGGGCUGCUGUCGGUGAGCCUGUGGGUCCCUCCCCGGCUGGCCUGAGACAAGACCCUGUGUGAAGCAGACCUCGGAGGCCCCACCUGCACAGACCGACACCAGCCUCUGCUUUCGGACCCCACAGGGAUAGGAUGCCUUGGUUGCUUCUUCUGAUUCUUGCUGGCUUGGCUCGGAGGGGGGGGACUUGCAAAAAUGGAGAGUGCUGUUUCGAGGAGCUGCCCUUCUGGGAAAGAGGUUCAGGCUUAGCAGAAGGUCCAAGGGAUCUGCUUUGUUACAGGAUCUUCCCAAAAGGUUUCAAGUGUUCUUGGCAAUAUGAUGGUGACCCCACCCAUGUCACCCACUUCCUUCGAUGCUGCCUUAGAAAUGGGAAUUGUUGCUAUCUUGAAGCAGGAACUGCCAACCAAGUCUGGUUUACUGACCAAGCUAAGGUGCCCAUCCUACAGAAUGUCACAUUUUGGGUGGAGUCCCGAGUUGGAAACAGGACAGCUGUGUCCCCAGAAAUCACCCUGGCACUCUACGGGGCCUUCAAGUUUGACCCUCCCAAUGGAGAGAUGACUAUCUCCAAGCUCCAUGGCCAACUCAUGAUAAAAUGGGAGAUCCCUGAAAAACAAGAGGAUGCAAUAGCUGAAUAUCGUUACAGGACGUGGAAUGGAACAUGGGAACAGGGAGAUUGUGGAGCCCAGAUGAACUCUGAUUUUGAAACCUGCAGUCUCCACUUAGAAGCCCCUGUUGCCUAUGAAAUUCAGCUCCGCCGCCACAAAAGAGCCUCCCCGACUGGUCAGUGGAGUGACUGGAGCAAGUCCAUUUGCAUUCCUGCUGAAAUUCCAGAGGUGAAUUACACAGUGGGAAAACUCGAUAAUGACGGAAAGAGGGACCUCAUCCUUGACUGGGAGCAGCCCAGGCCAGUGAAGCUGCCCCCCAACUGUGUGGAAAAAGUGAAUUUCAGCCUUGUUCUUAGGAUGCUUUCCUGCCCCUGCAAACAAAAGUUCGAGAAGAAAGUGAAGCUGGAGAAAGUGAUCCGAGUUUCUGGGGCAGAGUAUGAAGUCAUUAUCCAAACCCAGGGAACCAUUGGGCCACAGCUAAACAGGACGUUCCGAAUCCCUGCUGAUGUCAACUCAGGUUUUAUCCAGGAUGCAAAGUUUCUGAACAUCAGCACCUCAGAAGACAACGUGACAAUGCAGUGGUUGUCUUUACAAAGAAAGGUCAAGAGGUACUGCAUUGAAUGGUACCCCUAUCUUACCAACUGGACAAAUAUCACGUGUUCCCUGAAGAGCGUCGGGAAAGAAAAAAAUAAUAGAAAAGUGACAUAUAGCUGGGAUAAAGCUUUUGGAAUCAUGGACCCUGGAAAGUGUUACCGGAUCAAUAUUUAUGCUUCAGACAAACCCCAAAACCCUCAUUCCUGGGUCACUGUCUUUUCUGUGCACCAUUUCAGUGGGGAUGUUUUGAAAGCUGGGCCCAGUUACUUCACAGUGAGAAGAACGAUAGCCCACGAGGUAACCCUGGAAUGGAAUCCUUCCCCACUCAGCAAGUGCCCCGGAGUACUGGAGAAAUAUGUCAUCUACUGCUGGAAUGAAGCCAACAACAAAACCAUCCUUCACUACGUGAAGGCUUCUGCCUUGGGGUACACAAUUGGCAACCUGAGCGAGGGCACUUUCUACACCAUUCAGAUCCGAGGAGACACGGCAACAACUUCUGGGGCAUGGAGCCAGCCCCUGAGGUUUAAACUAGAUGAUAAAGUGGAUCAGCCAUUUCCCUUUUUCCUGCUGUGUGUGAUGAUAUUUGCAGCCGUAGUCCUCAUGGCCGGCACUGUAUACUUUGUCAUGAAGAGGGUCAAAAGCUUCCUGUGUCCACCUCUACCCAAUCCUUCUACCAGCAGCGCCACUAAGUUCCUUGCAGAGGAUAUGAAGCUGGUCAGGCCAUGGGUAGGAUCCUCAGACACAGUGAAAGAUGCUGGCCUAAGGGACCUACUGAUUGUUGAGGUCAGCUCCCCCAAAGUGGAGCCUGAAGUGGGCUCUGAGGUCAGACUACUGCACCUUGAGGAGCCUAAGGGGAUCCCAGACAUCAAAGAGAGACAAACGGGUGGAGAAAAUGACCCACCCCUGGACUUGGAGCUCCCUUCUGGCUACAAUAGGCAGAAUCAUGUGGAAGUAGCUGGGGAGGAUGGCUCACAAGACACCAGGCACCUGUGCGGGCAAGAUGGUUGUGACAGAGAGAAUAUGGUGCCACUGUUCGUCUCUCCAGAGGCAGAGGUCCCUGGAAGGGUGUUAACACUUUCUCUUCUUUCAGUUCUAAGACCAUCUGAGUCUUCAGGAAACUUGAAUCUUAACCUACAUGAGGAAUAAUCUUGCCUAGGUUGAACUAGAGAUGGUGAACCUGAGAAGAUGACAAUGUCUUCUCAGGAUGUCAGACAUAGAAAGGACCUUAGAACAUAGAGUGUCAGGGCUGGGAGGGAGCCUAGAACAGGGAACUUCAGAUCUGGAGGGACCUUAGAAGAUAGUGUCAGACCUGGGAAGGUCUUUAGAAUCCAGAAUAUUAAGGCUAGGAGGGCCUUUAGGACACAGAAUAUUUGAGUUAGAAGAGUCCUUAGAAGAGAAAAUGGGAUCUUUGUGGAGUCAGUUAAUGUCUCUGAAAUUCCAUGAUUUUUCUAUAAUAGCUAUGUUCUAUUAUAUAUAAUUCUAUAAUAGUUCUGAAAUUCUGUGGUUGUUUGGAUUAUUCUUCCUUGGAGUAAAAUAUGGAAAUAAAUGAUGAUAGUUUAAACCAAAAUAAAAGG